AUGCAUAGUGCCAUAGAAAAUGCAAAAAAAAAUGUACCGGUUUAUACUAUUCAUGAUUGGUUGACCAUUUGUCGCUUAGCCAGAUCAAAUAGGCGUAAAAAGUCUUCUUCACCUUACUCUGCCCAAGAGUUAAAAUACACUGAUUUUAUGGACUUGCGAAGUUUAGCAGGAACAAUAAUGAAAAAUCGGUCGGUCGAUGAAAAUAGUGAAAAAGUUAAUUGGUUAAAAAUAAGUCAUGAGAUACGAAAAGUCAAACCCAUCAGCCAUAAAAUUUAA